UAGCGCAAUUUGCUUCGGCAUUUUUACAAGCAUGCAUUUAACUGAAUUAAUAUAUACGUGGUCGCAAAUGUUCUUGUUGAUGUUGACAGUUUCUUAGCUGAAUGUGAUGCCUCCACACAUCGGCAAGGUCAGAUUUUAAAAUGCUUUGAUUGGUUGUACAAUACCAGAAGUCCAAAAUGACCACCAGGCUGCUGUGUAGAUGGGCACGACUGUUACCUCGUUGCCCUCAAGCUGCUGUGGCCCCAGGCCGCUUACAGGCCCCCAAAGUCCAUUCCACAGAGCCAGCAUGCCCGAUGUCCUCGUCUUGGCUUCGGCUUUCUGCUAGGCAUCUCUGUCAGGGCAAUGAAUUGGCCAAAAUGGAGGAGACACCAGUCGCAUAUGAACACACAGAACUAGUUAGACUGGUUGAAAAGGCAGCAACUCCACAGGAAGUGCUUCAGUUGUGGGCAGAGCAAGGUGGAUCUGCCAGUGACGCUGCCAGAUGUCUGGUGCAGCUGAGCCUGCGGGUCGUGGAGAAAGGUGGGGAAGGAAUUCUGCAGGAUCCACACUGUGAAAACAUGCUGGAGACAGUAAACUCUCAGGUGUCUUCGGUAUGGAAUGGAACUCUAGUAGCUCUUCUGCGUGCUCUCACUAUGUUGGGUCUUCCUAAUGAUGCCCCAUUACUCCGCUCUCUCCAGAAUGAAGUGCUUUGGAGGAUCCGACGCCUCACCUACCGUCACCUGGCCUACCUGGUGGACUGGGUGGCAUUUCAGAGCAGCAGAGGGCAGGAAAAUGAAGCUCUAACCACAACCCUGCUAAAGCACCUGGAGCUGCGCUGGACAGAGCUGAGCGAGCCUCGCACCAUCAGCAUUCUCAUGAGCCGUGCUUCACUUCUGUCCCCUUCUCUCAUGGACAAACUAGAGGAUAAGGCUCUGGAAUUAGCAGAGAACUUCAAUGCAGAGGAUAUUCGCAGGGUAACAUUUGCACUGGCCUCCCAAAACAGGAGGUCUGUUCCCUUGUUACGAGCCCUCUCAUAUCACCUAAACCAGAAACCCUCCUCAGAAAUGAAAACACCACUACUGCUGGACAUCGCAUACGCUUAUGGUAAGCUGAAUUUUCAUCAAACCCAGGUGCUCCAGAGAAUAGCUGCAGAGCUCUUGCCUAGGUUAUCAGAUCUGAGCUCUGUUGAUGUCACACGCUGUGCCAAGUCUCUUGCAUUUCUCAAGUGGCUCCACCUGCCUCUGUUUGAAGGAUUUGCACAGCACUUCGAAAGCAAUAGUGAUAAAUACAGCACUCUGCAGGUGUGUAACCUCCUUAUGUCAUUCGCCAAACUCAACCUUCAGCUCAGCAAAGGGGAGGAGUUUUACGCAAAGGUACACAAAGCUUUGGAAGGUUCAUUUCCGACGUUGGAGCCUUUUCUGAAAACAGAUGUCGUUUGGUCACUGUGCGUGCUGAACCAGGCCAGGCCUGAUCACAUCUCCUCUGUUACAAAACCUGGCUUCCAGAAGAAACUGUCAGGUGGCAGUGUGGGUCGAACAGAGAAUUAUCGUCUGAAAUUGCUUCAUAUCUCAGCCUAUGCUCAGCUGGAGCCUAUAGGGGUUGCUGCCAUCUCUUCUGCUAUUCUGCUGCCAGCUUCUCAGGUGAAAGCCGAAUCCUGCACCCCUCUGCAAAGUGGCCUACACACAGCCCUCCAGAGCCUGACCAACAAGAGGACACAGGCCCUCCGCACUUCUGUCAAAACAGUUUACGGCUGGACUAUAGAUGGGGAGAUUGUUGUAGAUUCAGAAAAUAAGCCGAUUGACUUGGAGAACUUGAAAGCCCCUUAUUUACUUGGUGGUGGUGGACCUGAUGCCUUGCCUGCAGGGUCUCGGCGGAUAGCAUUUGUUGCUUGGGAGUUUCCAAACUUUUGUCUCAGGAGUAAGGAUCUUUUGGGACGCUUCGCCAUGCAGAAACGCCAACUACAGCUGGCUGGUUUUAUAGUAGUGGAGGUGCCGUACUUCGAAUGGCUGGAGCUGAAAUCUGAUUGGCAGAAAGUUGCGUACUUGAAGGACAAGUUGGGGAAAGCAGUGGCUGAGGACAUGGCUAAGUGAACCGAAAGACAAACUGUUGAUCAUACUUGUCGUCAUUUUCUGUGCUUUUACACAAACGGCAAACCAGCACAGGCUGCUGCUAGACAUCAUCAGAUGAAGGCCAGUAAGGUAUAUGGAUGCAUGCAUAACAGAGCAACCACUUGAACAGACUUGAGUCCAAUGAUCCAUCUGAACAUCAUACUGGAGUACAGGUGUAAAAGUGCCUAGGAAGCGACAUCCACUACCUUUCCAAACAGGAAACUCCAAAGAUGUUGUGAAGUGAGGGUGUGCGACUGAUUUUACUGAUCUGAUAACUACAAGAGAAUAAAUCAAGAGAUUCGACCAUCGUAUUUUUAAAUUGCUUUCAAAAACAGCUUGACAAGCAUGCUAUCUAAUUCUAAUAAUACAUUAAAUAUUAUGCUUCUCCUGUUUUUGAUGUGGUUGCCUAGACGACACUUAGGGCUUUCCUUGUUGCCAAGGAGACAGUUGUUAAGAUAAAUAUUUUAUGGAGAAGGAAUUUCUCAGAAAUGAGACUUCUGUACAUACUUUUAUUGCGGCUAGUAAGUACCACUCUGCAAAUCUUGUUAAUAAGUAAAGCUGGACAAUAAAAAUGGUAAUAUGGGACACCAAUUCUACUUGUAUCAACUCAAAUUUGUUAAAUGGUGAAAAUAUUUGUGACAAGCAAAAGAUGUAAACAUAUUUAUCAGAUGAAAUAACUUCUAGAAAAUCUUUAUACUAGACAUGACCAUCACACAGAUCUUGUCAAAUGUCCACUAGAGCAAUGUUUGUGGUAACCGUGGUAUAAGCAAAAUAGUUGACUCCGGUCCUUUGACUUAUUUGAAAACAAUGCACACCCAUGGUGUAACAGCACUCUGCUUUGCAUCAUGUCGCAUUACCACCUUGGGUGUGCAUUAUUUUCGAAUAAUUAAACGGCCCAUCAUCAAUUAUUUUGUACCUAUUCAAAGUUAAAGUAACAUAAAAAUAUAUGUGGAUUUGACCUAAUUUUGUACAGUGUUUAUAUGCAAAAUCCUUUGGUUUGUUGUGAUGCUAAGUAAAGAUAGACCGACACAGAUAUUUCAUUGGUCGAACAAUCGUCUUUUGUCAACAAUCCAUGCUGAGAGUUUUUCCAAGUUGUGUCCUUUGCUUUAUAUCAUUAUGAAAAUAUUAAUUUGCUGACUAGAUGCUGCAUUAGCAGAGAAACAACAGCAGGAACCUAUAAGUUUGUUGUCAAGGCUGACAGGACACGUACAUUAGUAGGCCCUCAAACAGUUACACAAAAAUACACACAGAUAAAUCCAACCCAAAUGUAAAAUUUCAUGAUUAUUACCAUCCAUUGGCAUUAGUUUAUAUCCAGCUGGUUACUUUUAUCCAUGAUUUAGCCAGCUAAGCUGCAUAUUUUAAGUUAAGAAAGUGAGCAAUUUGCAGCUGUUGGCUACAUUAACAUAUCCAACAAAUAAAAAUCUUUUUUUAGUUAAUUUUUAUCUUUUUUUAUUAUAACUGCACAGCAAUACAUUAAUAUAA